AUAGAAGUCACAAAAGCCGUAGAGGGAGAAGAGGAAGGUCGAGUCGAUCUCGAAGACAUAAAUCGCGUAAGAGUAAGAGAUCUCGUCGGAGCAGAAGAGGCCGAUCAUCGCGAAGCAAGAGUAGAAGCAGAAGAGGCAGCAAGAGUUCGAAAUCUAGACGCAGCAGAUCCAAAUCCAGAUCAAAAUCGAGGAGUAGAAGGUCAAAGUCAAGCAGAAGUGGCAGGGUACGCUGAAUUUUAUUAUUAUUAG